CCGCCCCGCCCCUCCCCACGCCGAAUCCGCCGCCCCCGCGCUCCCCCGGCCUGCCCCCCGCGCCGAUCCGCCGGAAUCCGCCGCAAAGGCGGCGCCUUUCCAGCUCUCCCCCGAUGUACAGCAACUUCAAGGAGCAGGCGAUCGAGUACGUGAAGCAGGCCGUCCAGGAGGACAAUGCCGGCAACUACGUCAAGGCGUUCCCGCUCUACAUGAACGCGCUCGAGUACUUCAAGACCCACCUCAAGUACGAGAAGAACCCCAAGAUCAAGGAGGCCAUCACCGCCAAGUUCACCGAGUACCUCCGCCGCGCGGAGGAGAUCCGGGCCGUCCUCGACGAGGGCGGGGGCGGCCCCCCCGGCGCGCCCAACGGCGGCGACGCGGCCGUCGCCACCCGGCCCAAGACCAAGGGGAAGGACGGCGGAGGCGACGGCGCCGGCGGGGAUGACUCCGAGCAGUCCAAGCUGAGGGCCGGCCUCAACUCCGCCAUCAUCACCGAGAAGCCCAACAUCAAGUGGAACGACGUCGCCGGGCUCGAGAGCGCCAAGCAGGCGCUGCAGGAGGCCGUCAUAUUGCCCGUCAAGUUCCCCCAGUUCUUCACAGGUAAGCGGAGGCCAUGGAGGGCUUUUCUUCUGUACGGUCCACCAGGAACAGGAAAGUCUUAUUUGGCUAAAGCUGUUGCGACCGAGGCUGAUUCGACAUUCUUCAGCAUAUCUUCAUCAGACCUUGUUUCAAAAUGGAUGGGAGAGAGCGAGAAACUAGUUGCUAAUCUUUUCCAAAUGGCUCGCGAAAAUGCCCCAUCAAUUAUCUUCAUUGAUGAAAUUGAUUCCUUGUGCGGUACACGUGGAGAAGGCAAUGAAAGUGAAGCUUCCAGGAGAAUAAAAACCGAACUUCUUGUACAGAUGCAGGGUGUUGGCCAUAAUGAUGAUAAAGUUCUUGUUCUUGCUGCGACGAAUACGCCAUAUGCUCUGGACCAGGCUGUGAGGCGACGGUUUGACAAGCGUAUCUACAUUCCUCUACCUGACGCUAAAGCUAGGCAGCAUAUGUUUAAGGUACAUCUUGGGGAUACACCGCACAGCUUAUCGGAAAGUGAUUUUGAGGUCUUGGGUCGUCGUACAGAAGGGUUCUCUGGUUCCGAUGUUGCUGUCUGUGUGAAAGAUGUGUUGUUUGAGCCUGUGCGCAAAACACAGGAUGCUAUGUACUUCUUCAAGAUAGAUGGUGACAUGUGGAUGCCCUGUGGACCGAAGCAACCAGGCGCUGUGCAGACCACGAUGCAGGAUCUUGCAUCCAAAGGCCUUGCCUCACAGAUUCUUCCACCCCCUAUCUCGAAGAAUGAUUUCGAAAAGGUCCUAGCGAGGCAGAGACCAACCGUUGGCAAAAAGGACCUGGAGGUGCACGAGAAGUUCACCAAGGAGUUCGGCGAGGAGGGUUGAGUAGCACGCCGCCGCGAGAACUUCCUAGUUCGACCCAUGCACAGCCGCACCACAGAAAUGUAUAUUGUUUACAACUUUGAUUUGUCGCGCUUGGGAGUUAGAUCCGCAGAUCUGUACACUCUGGUAGCCCUUACUGUGCUUAACUUAUGGCGAUGGCGGCAGCCUUGUUAUGCCGGGCUAUCAUUGUGCCUCUGUUGUCAACUCUAUUUCAUUUUUACACUCUGUUGUGCUUGGAAUUUUCUGCAAGUGUAUUAUUAAGGAAUAAUAAUGAUUAUUAAGGUGGGUAGUCCUUGUGGUGCA